GGCGAAUUUGAAAGACGGGCGCGAUUUUCAACAACAGACCGAGAGAAGAAAGAAACAGUGAGAUGGAGGCCAGCGCGGAUUUCAAAACUCCCUGCAAACCAGCCAGAGUGAAGAGCCCAGGUAGUGCCUGCGGAACUCCAGUUACAAUCCCUGCUUCUCCUUUUAUGAAGAAGCUUGGAUGUGGCACCGGAGUGAGCGUCUAUCUAAUGAACAGAAAUGGAAAACAGACUCAUUCACCAUGGGCCAUAAAGAAGAUCAACAGCAAGUGUGCAAAGAAGCAGAUGAACGUUUAUCAGAAGCGACUGUCUGAAGAGGCAAAGAUUUUAAAAGAUCUGCAGCACCCCAACAUUGUUGGCUUCAGAGCCUUCACCACAGCAAAAGAUGGCUCUAAAUGCUUGGCUAUGGAGUACGGUGGAGAGCAGUCUCUUAAUGACCUGAUUGAAAGGAGGAGAGAGGCAGGACUGCAGGCCUUUCCAGUUGCCACCAUUGAAAAAGUGGCCCUCCAUGUAGCUCGUGGCUUACAGUACUUGCACAAUGAGAAGAAACUCCUACAUGGAGACAUGAAAUCAUGCAACAUUGUCAUUAAGGGAGACUUUGAAACCAUCAAAAUCUGUGAUGUAGGUGUAUCCCUUCAGUUGGAUGAGAACAUGCAGGUGAGUGAUCCAAACGCCUACUAUAUUGGAACGGAGCCCUGGAAACCAAAAGAGGCCCUGGAGGAUGGGCUGAUCACUGACAAAGCUGAUAUUUUUGCAUAUGGCCUCACUCUGUGGGAGAUGAUGACUUUGUCUGUGCCUCAUCUGGAGAUGCUGGACAGUGAGGGUGAUGGUGAUGAUGAUGAUUCUUUUGAUGAGGAUGACUUUGAUGAAGAUGCAUAUUACGAGAGACUGGGGACACGACCACCACUUGACACAGCCACUCUCGGUGGUGCCUAUCAGAGGAUGGUGGAGCUUUUCUGUCUCUGCACUGAGGAGGACCCCUGCAAAAGACCCUCAGCCUCACACAUUGUUCAGGCACUGGAGUCUAACAGCCAGCUUGAUGAGACACGUCUUGAUGUUAUAGUCAUAGACUAAAGUGGGUAAUUGUUUGAGCAGCAAAAAUGACGGUCUUUGUUGAAAUGUAAAUUCUCUAUUGUCCUGUUUUUUGUUGCCUAACAAAACUGUAAUGUAUGUUUUGUGCGUCUGUGUAUGUUUGUUCUUAA